GUUGGAGGUCAAACUCCGACAAAACCUUGGUCAUUGAUGAUACGGGGUUGGUAGGCAUUGCCGCCUUGUUAGUCUACAUAGAGAGUUAACGUCUUUUCAUCUGGAUUUCUUUUAUCACUCUGACAUUGGGCUACUGAGCGCGUUGUAAGGAUCGAACUGCCAAAAUGGGUAAUUCCUUCUUUGCUGGACACAGGCAUGCCCAUCCUUAAGAACCUCCCCACUCGUCUGAAGCCAGGCAGGCUGAGCGCUGAGGCUGAGCUGGGCAGCACAUGUGGUGAGGUCAUUCUGCACAACAUGAGCCUGGACGCCAACCCUUUUGCGGAGCAGGCAUCUGAGCAGGGCUGGCAACAGGGUCGCCAUGACUCCCUCCUGGAGGGUGGGGUGCCCCACGACCGCAACCCUUUUGAUGAUGAGGAGGAUGAGAAUGAAGCCAACGAGGUGCGGCGUGGAGGAUCAGCGAAGAGCUCUCUUAAGGGAACACUGGAUCGUAUCCGUGGAGUGUCUCCACUCAAGACCCUGGGCAGACUAGGGAAGGGCCUACGUAUGUCGGGCAGGUCCAAAGGCAGCGCCACUCCCUCCCCUCAGGGCUCUCUUGGAAACCCCUCCCCAGCGGAGAGAAAGAAGAAGGGCCGCAGGAGCUCAGAGGGCAGCCUGCUACGCAUUGCUGGGAGAUGUCGAGAGAGUCUGCGCAAAGAGAGCCUGCCCACUACAGACCUCUGCUCAGACAGUGAUGACCAGAGCAACAAGCGCCUCUCAUUCCUGAAGCUGGUUGGUCGGAAGCACAAGAGGGAGUCAGGAAUGGACCAGUCGUCUUCCCAGGGACCUGAGGAGGAGCCUGUGCAGGAGGUCCCCAAGGUGAAAGCCAGGGAGCCCUUGUCAGUACUGGAGAUUCUGCAGCUGGUGACUAAGAGAGACCUGUUUCUAGCUGACACACACAUCCUAGAGCUGGAGCAGGAAUGUGCAGAUCUGGCUGCAGCCACUGUUGUUUCCCAGUCAGCAGUGGGCACCGUGCCAGAAGACAUGACCUCUCCUGGGACCAAGGACAGUGGGAGGCGCAAGGCUAAGGAUGUGGAGCUCCUGUAUGAGGCACUGAAAAAGGAGAUGUGGGAAGUUGUCCGGCAGGCCCUGCAUUCCCCCACGGCUGGGCCCAAUCUGGGGCUGGUGGUGCAGGUGCUUCAGCAGGAGGAGCAGGCCGACAGCACCUGGGCCAGUGGGGAGACGGCUGCUGCCGGAGGGGCACGGCCGCGGCAGCUGAAGCACCAGUGGAGGGAGGCUGUGGCCGAGGCAGCUGAUGGGUGUCUGCCUCAGGCAGCGGUGGUGCAGUUGGGGGAGCUGUGUACCUACCUAGACAAGAUUAAGACCCACAUGUUAGAGGACCUCAAGGCUGCAUGGCUCAAUGUAGUGCCAAUUUACCCCAAGGAGUAUGAUGCAUUCCAGGUCUAUGUGCAGAGCUACCACCAGGCAGUGUCCCAUCGCUUACAAAGCAUUGCGGAUAGCCAGCUACACAUUAAAGACAUCUACUCCCUGCUUGACUGGAUCUACAACAUCUACAGCAGGGACGUCUUAGGAAUAGUCAGCACAAUGACUCCCAUCAACCACUCGAAGCUAGGAGCUCUGUUGCCUUCUGAGGCGACUGACAAACUUGAACUGGACUGCCUGAACUCAGUCAGGGGAAAAGUGACCAAUGAGCUUUCUCAUUUACUGGAUGACGAAGAGAAGUGUUGGAAGGAAUGUUUAAACUCCGAGGACUGCCAGAUCUCCCUGGCUGAUACGGUCACACAGAUGCUGCAGGAAGACCUGGACAGAUCGGCUGCAAUAAGCACAGACCUUGGGGCUCGUGUGUCCCAGUGCAGUCUUAAUGGUUUGGCAGACUUCCUGUAUAGCUUCCAGAGGAAAGUGGAAAUGUUCCUUGAAUCUCUUGUGUGGGAAUUUGGAGAAGAUGAAAAUGGAUACAUUUCUACAACCAUUGCACUGGUCAACUGCUGUCCUUCUUUUAGGGGCUUUGUGCAGCAGUGUCAGCGAUGUGAAUCUGCGGCUAGCGCAGAUUCUGCCCACAGAGCCAACGCCUCCCUGGACAGAGUGGUAAACCUUGGAGUGAGGGUUUUAAGUGACAGACUUUUUGAACAUAUUAGGCCUUUCUUCGACAAACUGGUGAAAAGAAAGUGGCUGAAUAAUCCGAGUAUGUUUGAGCCGAUAGAGACGAUUGUCAAAGAGCACUUCGAAUGCUUCAGCAGGAUGGCCAGCCCACCUUACAAGCUCCUUGUGGGUGAAGUGCACAGGCGAGUGAUGGUAGAGUACCUCCGUGCUCUUAUGCGUGGAAGGAUCAUCUGCACAUCACAAAAGAUGAGGAAGAGGAUGGCAGGUCGACUUCGUGAUGAAGGAAAACACCUUAAAAUGCUCUUCAAAGACCUGGAAUCCCCCUCCUCAUGGCUCGAUAGUGCCAUCCCACACUUAUCAGAGAUCAUCCUGUUAGAAGAUACACCCUCCAUCCAGAUGGAAGUAGGCAUCCUGGUGCGCGAAUUCCCUGAUAUGCGGAAGAAGCAUGUGUCUGCCCUGCUGAACAUUCGUGGGAUGACUCGGCAGCUGGAGAGGCAGGAGAUCCUGAACAUCGUGAAGGACAUGGAGAUGUGUGAGAGCUUAGCUCAGCUCACCCGGGACCACGCCCUCUUCUCAGAGGUGCCCGUUACAUCAGAGGUGCGCUGCCUCAACAUGGCCUUCAGUCGCGUCGCCCUGGCAACAUCUUCAUGCUUCUCAAGCAUUAGGCUGCAGCGCAAGAGGUCGCCUCCUCGCGAGCCACACGAUGACAUGCUGUAAUUCUCAGAGAUGUCACAGUGCCCACUCGGGAGGUUAGAAUUGGAACCUACUAUUGGUGGGAAAUGGAGUGAUUGGGACAGGUGAUUUGUUGUUUGUGUGCAUUAGGCCUUCCUGCCCUAAUAUCUGUAGGCUCUCUGCGUUCACAUUGCUGUAUGGUAAUAAAAGAAGCAAUGCUGGGCCACCAAUUGUUAGUUGGGAGCAAGGAAAUUGUUUUAUUCUGUAUCACUGAGGGGGUGAAUAAUUUAAAUGUGUAAAACCAAUCAAAAGUCUUAAAUAACAAAAUGAAAGCACUCAAAGUCAGUUAUGUCUUGAUGAUUUUGUAGAUGUACAAAAUGAUUCGAGCUUGAUGAAAGGUACUGUGUAGAGACCUAGGAUAUAUGAACAUAGUCAUAUUAUUUCUAGAACUUUUAAUUAAGGAAAUAUAUUUUAAUUGAAAAGAAGUGUAUUUUUUCAACUUCACAUAAUAUACAAUCAUGUAUGAUUGGAUUAAGACAACCUAUUUAUGUGACCAAAUAGAUACUAUUUAUUGUCAGUCUGUUUGAGAUGUGGGACCUGGGAUAUGCAUGGGUUAUUCUGUACAAUGUUCUGUAUGUUUUGCUUGUUUUAAACAGCGACUACCCAGUGAUCUUUCAGUGCACAUUUCAGUGCUCAUUCUCCAUCAAUCAUGAACUAUAAUGCUAAUUCAUUCAUUCAUUCAUUCAUUCAUUGAGUUUUUGAUUUUUGUAAUUCUAUCGCAUAAUUUAAAAGGGAUGACAUAUAGGUAACACUCACUACUGCAGUCAUUCAGAGUCCUUUGGUUUUCAAAACAUAAUGGACCGAGAGUACAUUGUUGCCCUCGUGCCUGUAUUUUCAAAUAAAAAUAAUCAGAAGAAUAAAUACAAACAUAGAAUUAU